AUGGGAUCAUUUCUCGACUUUUACCGAGUGCACGCAGAAACGGACAAGUUGGAGUUGCAGGGACAGUGGUGCUCGUUGAAGAAGCAAGUAGGGGAGGAGCCCCGGCGCUAUCUCACAAGAGCAUCAGUACUUCGCCAGAAACUAGAAGCGUACGGUUGGAUGCAAUCCGAUCAUGAUGCUAACGUCCAUUAUGUACGCAACCUUCUGCCCGAUUUCAACGUGCAGAGGAACGUGUUGUUGGCGCAUUCGAAGGCCAAGACGGAAUUGGUAGAGAAGGUGAUUCUGACUGCCUGGGCGGAGACGAAGGCCGCUAGGAAGAGGGCGUCGGAGAGCGUGGGGGCGUAUGCCCUCGUCACUGGCGGUGAUAACCGUGGUGGCGGGGGCGGGAACAUGGGGGAUAGGGGGAAGACGAGAGGACAACGGAGGGCGGCAGCGCGGCAACAGCAGCAACAACCGCAGCAGCCACAGCAGCAGCAUCAGCCGUACUUCAAGCAGCAGCAACAGCAACGAGGAAUGUCGCUUGCAGCGGCGUUGGGGAGGUCCCUCGGGCGGCCAAGGUGCGAGCUACGGCGGAAGACACGGGCCCCUGCAUGGGGGCCGGGGUUUUUCUGGAGGAGGACGUCAUCGGCAGCAGGCGGCAGAUGGAAGACUCGGGGGGCGUGGCGCCGCUUCCGANGCAGCGGGGUUGGGGAGGUCCCUCGGGCGGCCAAGGUGCGAGCUACGGCGGAAGGCACGGGCCCCAGCAUGGGGGCCGGGGCUUUUCUGGAGGAGGACGUCAUCAGCAGCAGCCGGCAGGAGGAAGAUUCGGGGGGCGUGGCGCCGCUUCCGGUGGGAGGGGCAGAGGCCCUUUCCACCAGGGACCGCCGGGCAGCAACCUCCCCGCCUACCCUGUACCUCAGCGGGGCUACGACUACAGCGCCUACCCCCCCCAUAUGUACCGCCCGCAGGGAAAUGAACCUCUCAUCCACCUCCAUGACCCUCGCAAGCGGUGUGGAGCAUGGAGAUUACGAGUGGGCUGUGUACCUAUUGGAACAAAGAGAGGUAUCACAAGACCCCUACGAGUUUUUAGAAUUGAUGUUUGAGUCUGGAUUUGCAAAUGUCUUCGAUGAUGUUGCUUUCACCGUCCCCGUCAUGGCCCCGGGCAAGCGCCCUUUUUCGGUGGGGAAACCCUCCAAGAUUAUUGAUGUUAACCUUUUCCACGUGUCGUGCUCCCACGCCAACGAGUUUCUAUUGCUUGAGCUUGCGAAGCAGCACGGUCUCCGACUGACCGGUGUCCUGCAGCCUUGCGGUGGAUGUCUGCAGGCGAAGGGGAAGAAGGCGGACGUGCCUCACCAAGCGGGCACGCGCGCGGAGCGGCCGCACGAUCUUUGGCAUAUCAAUCUGUGUGGGCAGAUGGCGGCCUCGCUGUGGGGGUCGUUUUUCAUGAUCAUGUUCGUGGACAGCUUCUCGCGGUUGCUGUACGGGAUGAGGCGCAAGUCGGACACCCUCGCCUUCAUCAAGAAGCUCCUCGCCGACAUGAGUGGCACCGGUGUCCCUCGUUCUUUCCGGAUGGACAACGGGGGGGAGUUCGUCAGCCGUGACUUCAUCGCCUUCUGCGACAACGCCGGCAUCCGCCCUACGUACACGGCGCCGGACACCCCGCAGCAGAAUGGUCAGGCGGAGAGUGCAAUCUGGCGCGUAAGCAAGGCCGGUCACGCCGCUCGUCUCGAGGCACGCCGCCUGUUCCGCAAGAUCGACUUCACCCGCGUCCCCGGCUUUGGACACGAUGACGAGCGACUUUGGCUGGAGUCGUGUCACUGGGCUGCCGGCGGUGCCAACCGUUCUCCGACCAAGGCAAACGUCGGGUACAAGUCGCCGCACGAGCUCUUCACUGGCCACCCGCCCCCGCUCUAG